UUUACAUUCACCAGAUUGAGCCAGGUUUUCGUAUUUUCCCUUCUUCGUAUGUAUCGGACAUGACAACGUUGAGAACACGAUGAAACCCUUACUUCUUCAUGGUCAUGAGCGAGCCAUAACUCAAAUCAAGUACAACAGAGAAGGUGACCUUUUAUUCUCAUGUGCUAAAGAUCACACUCCCAAUGUUUGGUUUUCUCUAAAUGGAGAGAGACUGGGCACGUUUAACGGCCACAAUGGAGCAGUCUGGGGCAUUGAUGUGAACUGGGACAGCACGCGAGUAAUCACUGGAGCUGCAGACAAUACUUGCAGGAUUUGGGACCUUGAGACUGGAACAGAAAUAACCACAAUCUCCACAGAAAAUGCUGUGAGGAGCUGUGGUUUUUCUUACAGUGGUAAACAGAUCAUGUACACCACUGACAAGUCUAUGGGCUUUGAGAGUUCUGUAUAUGUCUUUGAUUUAGAAGCUGGAAAGCAGUUAUUGGGAGAAGAUUCUCUUAUGAAAGCCCAGUCAAGUGGUAAUAAGAUAACUAGCGCCAUCUGGGGACCAUUAGAUGAAUACAUUAUUACAGGUCAUGAAAAUGGAGAUUUAGUGAAAUGGGAUGUACUGACUGGAAAUCAAAUACAAAGAGUUCAAGAACACAAAGGCACCAUCAAUGAUCUUCAACAUUACAAAGAUCAAAGUAUGUUCAUUACUGCUUCGAAAGACAAAACGGCCAAACUAUUUGAUACAGCAACUUUUGAACAUCUAAAGACAUACAAAACUGAGAGACCCGUGAAUUCUGCUGCUAUUUCUCCAAUCAGAGACCACGUUGUUCUUGGGGGAGGCCAGGAAGCAAUGGAUGUCACUACAACAUCAGCCAGAGCAGGAAAGUUUGAUGCCAGGUUUUUUCACCUGGUGUUUGAAGAUGAAUUUGGCAGAGUGAAAGAUCAUUUUGGUCCAAUUAACAGUGUUGCAUUUCAUCCUGAUGGCAAAAGCUACAGCAGUGGUGGAGAAGAUGGAUAUGUUAGAGUUCACGUUUUUGAUCCUCCAUACUUUGAUUUUCUAUUCGAAUGUUAAUUCCUCUGAGCUGUAGUGUGGUGAAUUGUAAAUCAGUUAAUAAAGAAAAACUAAACUA